AUGGGUCAAGAAAAGAGGUCGGCUCUCCUCACCGGAAGGUCGCCAUGGUUUCUGAAGAUCGUCGGUUUCAUAGGACUAAUAAUCACUCUGGCAGCAAGAGUGAGUUCCGAGGAUGCAUCUGGAGAGCCCACGUAUGGGAUUUUGUGCAUAAGCGAAUGCCCGACGUGUCCCAGCAUAUGCUCGCCGCCGCCUCCUCCUCCGCCAUCGUCCAAGUCAUUUCCUCCUCCUCCGCCGACGCGGGGGCCGCCAGUUUCUCACUCUCCGCCUCAAUAUUACUACAAUAACCCGCCAUCGCCUCCACCGCGUUCAUUGCCUCCGCCACCUACGUCGUCGCCACCGAUUCAAGCGCCCGAUAUAUAUCCCAUAUGGGGUGCUCCCCCUCCGCCGCCAUCGCCAUCGCCACCGCCGCCUUACAAGUACAAUAAACCCCCGCCGCCAUCGAUGACCAACUCCCCUAUAAUUGUGUCACCUACUAAUAGCUCCUCUCCUUUCUACUACUUCUAUGCCUCAGAUGCUGCUUCUCUUCCUGCCUACUUACGUACCUUGUUGCUCCUCCAACUUCUAUUGCCAAUAUGA